AUGAAACCAUAUCAUAAAAAAGGAUUUGAAAGAGUAAUAGCAAGUGAUCAAUUUAUUGGAACUAAAAGACGAGAUGUCAUUUAUUAUGAAUUUGGAUCACACAACAAACCAAGAAGUCAUUGA